UUAUACUUGUGUAGCUACCUUGGCAUUCUCUUCCGUGCGGACAUCCCCGCAGUAUGUCCGUCAUUUGUCAAACUUUUAGACACCGGAAGUGGAUGCCACGAUUCCCAAACAAGCGUCUGCACAUUCUAGAAAAUCAGGUUUCACACACAUGAAGACAGGUUGACAAUUACUAAUCAAUAGAGAACUAUAUUUUAAUGACAGUUAGUUGAUCAUGUAGAUAAUUUAAAUGACUCUGUAUACCUUCCUGACAGAGUAUGGCCCCAACAUAUUUUGUUCCGAAUCGUGACUUCAUUAUCUCUGGUUUGUGAUUACGUGUUCCUCUGUGAUAACCGGCAGUUAAAUGUAAACAUGGAUCCAUUCACUAAGAAUAGGGACAUUUGUCUAUGGUUUCGACAAAUAGGCAUUCUUAUUUUAUUUGCACAGUUUUUCUUAUGUCAAAGUACUUGUGAUGUUGAACUUGACACUUUGCAAAAAAGAAGUGCACCUGGCCUUAAAGCUCCCAAAAAACUUUGGUGGGCCAAAGAAAUAACUCCAGAUUUACAUGUUGCUGGAGGUUUGAUUGAAAGACAAAUAAAAUAUGCAGCUGAGGCUGGAUUUAAAAGCAUUAUUUCACUAUUUAAUGACCUGCGUGCUGGAGAUUUUGGUGGGGAAUACUUACCAACUGCAUUUGAGGCAAGUCACAUAGCUAAAAUUGCUGGACUUCAAUAUCUUGCAGUAUUAGAAGAAGAUGAAGAAUUUGCUUCUGAAGAUGCAAUAAGGAAAUUGACAGAAGCUAUUUCACAAGUAGAGAAACCAAUUCUCCUACAUUGUAAUCGUGCAUUUACGAUAGCAUAUACAACAUUGUUGUAUUUGGCAAAUCAAUCAAGACAUGAUCCUAAUUUUGUUCCACAUGUUGACAGUGAAAAAUUUUACAAAAUGAGUGCACUUAUGGGCAAAGAUUUUACCUCAAAUCAUACCUUAAAAGCUGUGGUCGCAAAAGUCACUGGUGAACCAAUUGUAGAAAAUCCACCAAAACCAGAAACUGAGCCAGAUGACUGGCUUGAUUUCUGGCUGGCUCAUCCUGUGUACAGAAACUGGUAUACUGCUGGACAGAUAAGAAAAGGACAUUUACAGGAACUUGAGUUCAUUGGCUUUAAAUCUGUCAUUAAUAUGAGACUUGAUACAACACAUAAUGGAAAACCAUCACAAGAAACUGUUACACUUCUCAAUGUCCUAGAUGGCACACCAACAUAUGACAAGGAUUAUAAACCUUUACGACAAACACAUUCACAUAUAAAAAACAUAAUUCUUGAUGCUUCAAAACAGAACCAUUAUAUCUCUCCAACUUCACCAGUCAAUUAUGAACAUCGACAUUAUGAAGAAUAUGGGGAUGAGAUUGGCUACAAUGAAGAUCUUCAGAGUGAACACAUUAAAGAAUUUGAUCUCGACUACUACCUUUUACCCAUAGAGUCAACUGGAAAGUAUAGUAAAGAAUUAUUUGCAAAGUAUAAAGAUAAACUGCUAGAGAUUGGAAAACAAGGUCCUGUGUUAGUUCAUUGUGCCAGUGGAAAGAGAGUUGCAUUUAUGGCAGUCCUCGCAGCAGCCUUACAACAUGAGAAAGAUUUUAAGUGGGCACUAAAAAGAAUCAAUGAACUAGGAUUUGAAGUGAGUCGAACCAAGAACAGAGAUGUUUAUGAGAUGUACUCUGCUUGGCUAAAUCCAGAUCAUGGUAAUAAAACAGAGUUAUGAUGAAAAAAAGACUAACAAUACAUUUUACAUGUUUCUAUUGCUCACAUAACAUAUGUCUUGUUACUGUUAAGUUUAUUUUUAUGUUUUUUUCAUAAAUGUCACCUCUAGGGAAGACUUCAUGACUUGAUGAUAGUACUUGAAGAAUCAUAAGCUUACCAAAAUUUUUUCAUUUUUGUUCGACAAAGGACAGAGCCAAUCUUUUUACUUUCUAGAUAUAAAAAAUUAUAAAUAUAAAUAACCCACCACAUUAUUAGUGCUAUUUAAAAUGUAACUAAUAAUGUUAUAACAUAUUUUAAAGAAUUAUUCCUAAGGAAUGAUACCAAUUUGUUUAAGUAAUUUAGGUAAAAUGCUUGAUUAAAUUGAGAAUGGAAAUGGGAUACGUGUUAAAGAUACAACAACCCACCCAAUCAGCAGAAAGUAGCACAAGGUCACCAAUGGGUCUUAGUGUACCGGUAAACGUAUUUGAUUAAAUAAAUUCAUAUUAAAUAAUGUACACAAUUUAGCAUUUACAUUUUAAUACAAUUAAAUAAUAAAUAGGAUCCGGAAACAAGCUGUCAACUUGUAUUAAACCAUUUCUCACCAAUGGGUCUUCAACACAGCAAGAUAUCCUCCAUCUGGACGUGGGAUUGAAAACAUGUUUUUAACAACAUGCACAAUCUCUAAAUCGUCAAAGGUUUUGUAAUUCCACUCUAUUAAUAUUUUUGUUUUCUAAAAAAUGUAUUUAAAACUAUUUAAAGAGAGAUAACUGUGGUAAAAAAUUUGUUUGUGAUAAAUAUUUAAAUUUUGUUUCUACUGAUAAUAUUUGAAGAAGAAAUUCACAGCAUUUAUUCAGAUAUGUAUUAAUAUGCAUUAUGCAAUAUAUAUGUUAUCAAAAUGUAAGUUGUUACUGUAUGCCAUUUAUGUCACAGAAAGUAAAAUAUAUGAAUCUGAUAAAACAUAAAAAUCUCAGAAAGUUCUCCACUGCCAAGUGUUUGAUAUCAAUUUUUCAAUUUCUCCACAAACUUGUAAAUUUUGCAUUUAUAAACCAAAGCAAGACAUGCCAGUAUUUACAUGAUAAGAUCACAUGUUAUGUAAAUUUUCUUUGAUGUCUGUAUGAAAGACUUUAAUGAGGAGCAAUUUAAUAUACAUGUAGUUUUAAAUUCAAUUCUGUGAUGAAAUAUUUUUUUGUAGCAUUUCUAUUUUUAUACCUGUCACAAAUUGUACUUGAAGUUUUAGGUUUUCCCCCUUUUACCUACAUGUACAUCUGUUCAGAAAUCCUUUUUUUUACUCCACGACUGCAAUUCUCUUAUAUGGUAUACCAUUGCUAUUAGUGUUGCAUUGAUUUACAUUUUAUUCUUUAAGGUUUGUACUAUAUCUAUGUGCCAUAUGAAUCCUGCUCAAAUUUGUCAAUCUUACUGUUAUUAUUACACAUUUCUGUUUCUACUAGUUAUGUAAAUUGUAAUGUUUAUGUUCAUUGAUACGUCAGAUUGUGUAACUUGUCAUAUCAGAUUAUUCCAUUAGAAAACUUUUGCAAACUUUUCUAUCAAAAGUUAGAAAGUUAGAAAUAAUAAAUGUAAAAAAAUUAUGGUUCUAAAGUAUGAGUUUGUGCCAUGUAUGUUCGUCCAAGAUUUUUACAUUUUACUUUGCACUGUAUACAGAAGGCUUGUAAUCCACAAGGCACUAUAUAAUAUAUGAACUGCUUUAUUUAUUAAGAUGCAUGCAUACAUGGUUAUAAAGUUUUGACAGUUGUGACUCCAUUAUUUUUGUUUAUUUGAAAGAUUGACCAGUGAUUCUGUUAACUUCAGUAUUGACUAAUCUGAUGACCACCACAAAGUUUACAUUAAACUAGAACACACCUGUGAUAUUGCGGGUCCGUUACUGAAUUAAGCCUUAUUUUAGUAUUGGUAUUGUCAUCUGAUAAAGGCACAGUUUUAUAGAUAAAACAAUGAAUUAUCAUUGUUAUGAAAUUGUAGAUCAUACAUCUAUUUAUUUUGAUUGUAGUAAGGAAAUGAUAUUAUUAUAUUUAUAACAAGGAAUUAGUGUUUUAUUGCCUGUACUGUUAUUCAUGUUUAAAUUGUUUUAAGACAUUUAGUUUGUAUUACUUAAAAAUUUACUUUCAAACAUUCCAAAAACAGGUAUCUUUGUUUUCCAAAAUUUCUUCAACUAUCAGAUUUCAAUUUGAGUUGAAAUCUGUCUGUCUGUUUAUAACAUGUGUAUUUCUUUAUACAUUUUUAAUUGACAGUUCUCUUUUUUAAGUAGAGAUCAGUAGACAUGAAUGGGUUAUCAAAGAUGAUUUUUUUUUGUAUUGAUGAUUAGUAUUUUUUUAUUAUAUUUAUAGAUACUUUCUUUCUUUAUAUUGGCUACAAAAUCUAUAGUAGGUUGUUUUUAAAUCUUGGUAUGAUCUGGUGUCAAUUGAAAUUAAUUC